UAGCUUUUAAACGAGCAUAAAGCAUAAUUUUUUUUAAAAGUGAACAAUCUUCUUGAAGUGAGACGUAUUAUUGAAAUGCAAAUUAUUUUUAAAUGAAUUAAUACAGUAAAUUAUUAAAUACAAAAACUGCUUUCCUUCUAUCAAGCAUCAUGCGUAUAUAGCCCGUUUAUUUUACACUGUACAAAAUUAAAUUUUAAUAUAUCAGUUGUAAAUAUUUUAAAUAAAUAUUUUAUUUCUAUAUCAAUUUAAGGUAUAAGCUAUGAAUUAAAUAGUAGAGCUGCAAAAUAUAUCACCGAAAGCAAAAAAAGAUAUUACGAAUAUUAUAAAAAGAUAAGAAGUAUAUACAUACAUAUAUAUGUCGGAGAAGCCACAAUUACUAACACACAUCAUAGGGGCGAAUAGGGUGAUCGAGCUAAGAGAAACAUUGAGUACGCCAAUCACGCCUGCCGUCUUAGAACAAUUUAAGAAUCUUCUCAUAACGUCAGCAAAUGAAAACUAAUGACAGUUCUUAGGACGGAGGCACAUAUUCAUACUUCAGUGCGGAGGCAGUGGAGGCACCGCUCUUCAAGAAGUCUGGUUGGUAAGAGUGAUGGCGUCUACGCUUUGUCGUAGCACAAAGUUGGCCGAGUUCCGACGAUACCGCAAUCGUAAGAAAUAAAUGACGAUGAAUUAGAAGGUUCUCCGGAAAAUUUAUGCAAUAAAAAUCAAAAUACAGAAAAAUAAUACAGUAUGGAAAGCAUUUUUGUACUUAACAACCGAACACAUACGCUAGGUAGUAUGUAGACUAGUACCAGCAACUAAUACUAGUCGCCAUAGACUAUUCACUCAUAUAGAAGAUUGACCUAUAAUGACCUUAAAGAAUAUACACUCAAUUGACCCACAGUCCACAUUGACCAUCAAAACGACUACUAUUUGGUGAUUAACAUACUUUUGACAUAUGUUUUGUUUUUAUUUCUUUUAGCCACUGUUUGUUUGGUUGUUUUUUUUCAUUCUUUUAGCACCUCUAAUUGUGACACAUAAAGUUCGAAACUUAUAAUUCAUAUCAUUAAUAAUGACUCCAAGUUUCAAUAUAAUUCUUGUUAUCUUACAAGUGAUUUUGUUUACUUUCCAAAUUACUAAUGGCAAUGAGUGUAAAAUGAACUUCCUUACUUCUAAAGAUAUUUUAAAGAAAUUAACAAGUAAUAUUGUUCCAACACUCAAUGGAAAAUCAAAAGGCGAUCUUGGUAGAAUAGGAAUAAUAGGAGGGUCAGUUGAAUAUACAGGGGCUCCGUACUUCUCAGCCAUUGCUGCUUUCAAGGCAGGAGCGGAUAUAGUUUACGUAAUUACUACUGAAGACGCAGCGCCAGUUAUUAAAAUUUACAGUCCUGAUCUCAUAGUCUAUCCAUUUCUAAACAAAAAGUAUGCAUCGAAAAUAAGUUCUCUAUUACCUAAAAUGGACGCGAUCGUUAUUGGACCGGGCUUAGGAAGAGAAGAUGAAACAAUGAAACUAACGUAUGACAUAAUAGAAAGCUGUAAAGUAUUGGAGAAGCCCAUAGUCAUCGACGCCGAUGGCUUAUACGCUAUUUCAAAAAACAUAUCCAUUAUUCAGGAUUAUCCAAAGGCAGGCGCCAUUUUGACACCGAACGGACGCGAAUCGAAGAAGUUGAUGGAAUCGAUAAAUUCGAAUGGAUCUAAUUGGUUCAACUAUUGGGGGGAAAACGUUUCGGUUUUAGAAAAAGGCGAAACUGAUAAAUUUCAUUCAAGAGUACCAUCGUACAACUGGGCUUCGUCCGAAGGUGGCUCGGAGAGACGCGUUGGUGGUCAAGGAGACUUCCUAUCAGGCUCGCUGGCUACAUUUUAUCAUUGGGCGUUAACAAGCGAUGUGUGCCAAGGCGAACAACACGGACAAAUUUCACAAAGCUUGGCGAGCUACGCCGCAGCCCGACUAGUCAGAACUUGUAAUUCUCAAGCAUUCGAAAAAUACGGAAGAAGCAUGAUGGCUUCUGAUAUGAUUAAAGAAAUUCAUUCGGCAUACAAAAAAGUGUUUGAAGAUUAGUUAUUGAGAAUAAGGCCGCUACUUUGGAUUCUGAAUAUGGAAUUAAUUUGUAUUUAUCUUAAAUUUGCCCUUUUAAAGUUUUUUUUUGUUUUACAUCUUUUUCGUGGCCAUUCCCUAUUGAUAAUUAUAUAUUAGUUUAUAGCCUAUGCCAAUAAGUGACGACGUGAUACAAAUUGGAGAAUAUUAUUUGAUGUUUAUGAGACUUUAUUUAUCAAAUCCCUAUUUUUGUGAAAGAGUUAAAUAAAUAAUGUAGUGACUGUGA